UGAGCGUGUUCAGCUGACACUCGCUACAUGCAUCGAUAUUGAGAAACACGAUUGACUUGCUGGCUUGUUACGCUGUUGCAGUGUAUGUGAACUCCAACAAGAUGAGCACAGGCCAGUCACAAACCAGACACAAAGUGUUCCCACCUCAACGCAUGCACACAAGGUCGAGAUCAAAUGUCAACCCAGAAUCUUCUGCAGGUUCAAAGGCUGUCAAAUCAGAUGUCAAUUUCAAUUCACAGAGGGAAGGGAAAGGAAUAGAUGGUAAUGACACAAAUAGAAAGCUGUUUAGAUGUGAUAACUGUGGAAGUGGCUACAAAACCUUGGGCGGGCUGAGGAGACAUCAGGUUACUCACAUAAAACCAAAGUUAUACAACUGUGGAAAAUGUCCACAAGUUUUCAUGCUCAAAGCUGAACUAGAACGGCAUUUACAAACACAUAGCAACACCUGUACACUUGGUAGUGAUGGACUUUCGGUACAAAAUGUAGAGUUGUUCCCAGUGUCCCUGCUAGAAUGUCAAUCUCAAGUAGACAAAUUACAAGAGUCUCCAGUUAAUGUUGACAAUGAUACCAUGAAGAAAGCUACAUCAGUUCAAAAACAUGUGAAAAAUUAUAUUGCAGAAUUUCAAAAGGAACAAAAGAGCUUAGAUAAUGGUUUUACAUUGACUGGAAAUGAAAACAUAAAAACAGAUUAUCCUGUAACGGAGGUUAAGUCUGACAUACUGUUAGAACAGGUCCUGAAGCAUUGUUUAAGUACAGAUGAAGGUCAAAGUUCAGAGAACACUGUCAAUGAUUCAGGAAUAAGGCAGUCGUCUACAACUCUUUGUCCUGUCAAUAAAAAUCAGCAAUUAAUGAACGCUGCAGUAGCAGAAAAUGAGACUUUCAUUGUGGUCGAGCAUGGAAAUGAUAUCACAGAUCUGCUUCUACAAGAUGACUAUUUCAAACAUUCAAGUCAGCCAGUUUUAAAGUCUUCAAAUUCUCAUAUAGGAAAAGAGAAGAUCAAUAUCAAGUCAGGAAUAUCACUCUUGUCAACAACACAGUUGGGCAGGACACAGAUGAGCAGCAGUGUUCAGUCAGUCCUCACUAGUAAACCAUUGGUCACCAGUGGUAGCACAGUCAGUACAACCAUUCCAACAGUAGCCAGACUUCCUGGUAAUGUUUCCAGUGGAAUAACAACAAUAGGCCAUGUAAAUGCAACACCUGGUAUUCCAAAUCACUUCAGUGAGGAAAAAAACAAAAUGGCACAGUUGUCAGACAAACAUGUUAGCAUCAAAUCCCAUUUCUCAAAGGAAGACAUUGACAAGGAAGUCACAGAUGAUCCUGUUCUUGGUUUGGUGUCUGGGUUGGUCAAAUUCUGUCCAGAUUUGAGCGAAACCGAUUACACAGAAGUUGCCAAAGUAACCGGUGUUACAGUCAUUAUGCUGGACAAACAGAAAAUUGUUGUCCAUGGUUCCUGGAAAGCUCUCAACCGAGCUUACUCAAUGAUAGAGAAUUUACAAGUGGAGGCUAAAAAGGAAAGGACAUUGUCAUCUUCCCAAGAAUGUUUUACUGUGACUACCCCUUUGGAAUGUGUUGCAGUUACCUCCCCUGUGGAACAUGUCACAGUUAGCUCCCCUGUGGAGUGUGUUACGGUUACAGCUUCUUUGGAGUGUGAUAUCGAAGAUCAGCUGAAACAAAAUGGUGUAGAAGCUGGUGUUAUGACUGUUGACGAUUCUGAUCCUGAAGCUACCAUAGACACUAGCAACUCUGUCGACAUGGAUAAUUUAGCUCCAAUUUCCAUGAUGGAACCAGACUCUUUCCUGUGUGACAAGUGUUCCAAACAGUUCUGGAGUAGACGUUCCCUUCAGGAACACAUUGCCUUACGUCACAGUGAACACAAGUGUAAAUUGUGCAACAAAGUUUUCAGCGAACGUCGAUAUCUUCAGACACACCUGAAGCGACAUGCAAACAUCCGUAACUAUACAUGUUCUGUUUGUGGGUGGCAGUUUAUGGAACGUUUCAAGAUGAAGUUACACAUGGAGUCACACAAAGAACGAAAAGAUCGUCGUUUGCCAUACAAAUGUAGUAUGUGUGGUAAUCAGUUCUAUAACCGGGCCAGUUGGACAGACCACCUCAAUACACAUACAGGUAAUCGUCCAUAUACUUGUAUGCUGUGCAACAAUUCCUUUGCUCAUCGUAUUGGCCUAAAGCGGCAUAUGAUGACACAUAUAAAGGAAAAACCCUACAAAUGUGGACAAUGUGAUCGAAGUUUUUCCUUCAGGAGUAAAUUGACUGACCACAUGACCAUGCAUACAGGGAUUAGUAAGCACAAGUGUUCACAUUGUGGCAGGAGCUUCACAGCAUCGUCAUCACUACGACGUCACAUGGAGCAGUGCACCACCCCUCCUACACCUCCAGAACCUGAGAUUAGUGAGACUGUUGACAUGGAGAUGACAGUUGAUGUGAUCCAGGCAACAGACUCUGACACAAUCUUCAUGUGUGGUAUAUGUGGGGAAACAUUUGACUCACUGAUCAAAGCAGAAAAACACACUGUUGAUCAUGAACAAGGUGUUCCCAUUGUAGGAGAAAAGGCUAUCGUGGUUCAGGACAAUCAGGAAGUGGUCUUUACAGACGAAGUUGCUAUACUCAGUGAACCUCAGCAGUCAUAGUAAUGGAAAAACUAAUUAACCUGUUAUUGUACCUUAAACCUGUUAUUGUACCACAGUAACCUACCAACAUAAAAAUUGGUAAACCAUUGCCAAAGAAACAAAAAUUGGCCUGGUCCAUCUUUUUAUGCAAAUUUCAAGUAAAUGCCAAGCUUCAUUUUAAAUUUGAGAGGUUCUUCAUGUCAAAAGGUAAUUUCAUAUCAUUGGACUUUGGGUCAGAUAUCUUACCUAGAAACUGUCUAAGGCCUGCAUACUUCAGCUAAAUUUUCUUAAGGAAUGAAGUUUGAACACCUGAUGUGACUGAAUCAAUGAUUUUUUAUAAAUAGUGUGGCCUAUAUUACCUCAGGGGAACAUCUGAGUUGCAUGGUUUGACACUACCUACCCAUGAUGGUUUGCGUUUCAUACAAAGCUGAGAAAGGAACUGGUCUGUACUGACGUGGUUGUGUCUUUUAGCAAAACACUUUACUGUUUGCUCCACAUGGGAUGCAAUGGUCCUCCAUUAUUAUGUUCAAUGUGGUAGCCAAGAGUGAAAGCAGACUCAAAGUUACUCUUGCAGUUCAUGGGGCUAUAAGCCCAGUAAACAAGCAUCAAAGGUAUUAACACACUUACUUGUCCUACGUUUCAACCAAAAUCCCUAACAUUGUCAACUAGAUAUACACUUUCAUUCAGGACAGGCGCAGCAUACAAAUAUAACUAAUAAACCAAGCAUGUACUGAUACCAAGGUUUUAUAACAUUAGAAUUAAUAUUACUGAAUUUCAAAGGGGGCAUAACUACGUCUCUUUCAAGAAAUGUAUAGCAGAAUGUACAGUAACGGUUAAGUACCUAAGGUUCUGAUCGUAGGUAUCAAGUUAUAUAAUACAAUAAGCUGAGAAUAAAUGUUAGCAAGCAAUACAUGACUUCCAAUAGAAAAAAAAUUGACCAGGAUACAUUAAAACAUGACUAACAAAUGCCAAAAACAAUAUUUUACUUGUUUGGUUAUCUUUGAGUGACUUUCCUUUAAGAUUUCUCUGAAUAUAUCAGAAAUUCUGUAAAACAGUACCAGGUUUUUUUAAUUGUUAUGUUUCCAUUAUUGAAUAAAUUUGUUGCCAAGU